AUGUGUGUGCUGUUGAUGUUCAUUUUGUGUCUUCAGCAACGUGCGUUCAGCCGCGUUUGCCGGAUCGCAUCCGAUCCUGCGUGUUUCUAAUGUUGUGUUGCCUACUGAAAGGCACCGGACGGGCACUGAUCAAACGGGUAGGACACUGUUAGAUUGCCCAUCGCUCGGGGUGAGGCAUUCGUGGUACCAGAGAGAGAGAGAGAGAGAAGACAGCCAUCGUGCACGGGGUGCUGUGUUGAUGCAGCAGCUACGAACCAGCCUUCUUCUCUAGUUUGUGGGUGAUUGCGAUGUGUCCGUUGCGAAUACGUGCAGCUCAAGUCCAUGGUGGGUGUGGGCCUUCCCCCUUCAGCCCGUUCGGGGUGCACCUGAUACUCUAUCCCCAGCGCCGGCCACGGCACAUACCCUAUUUGCUCGUGCUGGCUGCGCGCAACUCCGCGGGCGCUGCUCGCAACGAGGUGAUCAAGAAACAUGUGAGGGAGGGCAACUCCUUCUCGAGCGAAGACUGGGAGGCCUUCGAUUUGGCGUGGGACCUGAGGAGCAGGGGCGUGUUCUCGGAAGAAGAGUGGACCACGCAGGUUGAUGGAGACAUCUCGGGCAUCAUCAACAGCGCUCGCCCUACACUGUCUUCAUACCGCGCUACCGCGUCUGGCCAGAUGAACGAGCUGAGUCUUGUGGACGACGACGACAGCAUGGAAUCGGACGACGAGAUUCUCGCCAUGGAGAUUCCGGAUGGGUUUCGCAUCCAAGCAUCUACACCGGCAGCUCUUGACAGUUCGUCACCGCAGCGUGGAGUACUCGUUAGGCUGGGCAUGGGAUGGUUUGGGCGGGUGAUCACUCGACAGUCUCAGGAGCGCACUCGCCACCUGUACGACUACCGUGUGCAUCUCGACCUAGACCAAAGUACGCGCAGCAUGAAGCUGCCGUUGGAAAUGCAGAGGAGAUCCGAAUGCGUUGGUGGGCUCGUGGAUCUUGCUUGA